AUGUCAAGCUCCAGCGAAUCGGAUGCGGAAUCGUCUUCGUCUUCAUCUGUUGUAUUGGUCAAGGCCAGAAAACGUCCCGCUGUGUCCAUCCAAGUUCAAGACGACGAUUCUGCCUCUUCUUCGAGCUCCAGCAGGUCGCCGUCUCCUGAAGUACCAGUAGUCUCGCACGCUGAGAAGAGGAAGCAGAAAAAGAAGCAGCAGAAAGUGCAGGAGGCUCCACCAACGACGGAGGAAGGAAACUCCAAGGGCACUGGUGGCAGUGCCUCGACCACGCUUUCUAAAAGACAGAACUCUGUCUGGGUGGGCAACCUCUCGUUCAAAACUACACAGGACGAUCUUAGGACCUUCUUCUCUGGCGCUGGAGAGAUAACGCGGAUAAAUCUGCCUACGAAGAAGCCUAAUGAACGAGGCCAACGGGGUGAAAAUCGUGGGUUUGCAUAUGUCGACUUCGCUACACCGGAAGCCAAAGUUGCCGCGAUCGCAUUAUCGGAGAAGCCUUUAACGGGCAGAAAACUUCUGAUAAAAGACGGAAAUGACUAUACAGGUCGGCCAGCUGUACCUGGAGCCGAAAAUGUGGUUCCAGAGGCCUCUUCUUCGAAACCUAAUACAGGUACUGGCUUAUCAAAAACCGCACAGAAAAUUCUUCGUGCCCAAAAACAACCACCGGCACCUACGCUUUUCUUCGGCAAUCUGGGGUUCGAGACCACUGAUGUGAGCCUCCGAGCGUUUCUAGAGGCUCAUAGGCCCGCUGUAAAGGGGGCGAAGGGUACUAAAACGCCUGCUGGCGGUGAAAAUAGUGCUCUGGAUCCCGAGCCUACGGAGCAGACAAGUCAGCCUGCCAGCGGCCAGACCUCGUCGAACGACCCGUGGAUACGAAAAGUCCGCAUGGGGACGUUUGAAGAUAGCGGCCUUUGCAAAGGGUUUGCUUUCGUGGAUUUCACCUCGAUAGAAAAUGCAACGACGGCCUUAAUAAACCCCAGAAAUCACCAAAUGGACGGGCGUAGAUUGGUUGUGGAGUACGCCUCCGCGGAAGCGGUACGGCGUGGAGGCGGGCCCCAUGCGAAGACGGUUGGGACGCAGCGUGGCCCUUCCAAGCCUAUGCGACCUUCUAGGCGAGACCAGCCUACCCACCACGAAUCUGAUCGGCCAACAGUCAGCAAUGACAGGAAACACUCACUCGAGCACGAGCAUGUGGUCGAGGAGCAGGCACCGAAGAAGCCUCGGACAGAGACCGGUGAGAAGGUCUACAGGACUUCAGGCAAGCGGGAGCGAGUGCGGCCUAAGCCGGGCGCUGCUUUGGCUCUCGCAAAGCGCGAAUCAGCCGCCAUCAUUCCCAGUCAAGGGAAGAAGAUCGUAUUUUGA